UUUUCAAAGUCGUCUUGUGUUUUUCAAAUUUUCAAUGAAAUAGCAAUGUCAUGAACAGACUCUAUAUCCACCGACUCUGGUAGAGCGUCAAGAGAAGUGUGCAGGAAAGAGGGUUCUUCUUAUUCUUCUCAGGAACUGGAGCUAUUGGAGUUUUGCAAGACUAGCAAUCAUGCUGUACUUGGAAGAUUAUGUUGAAAUGAUAGAGCAUGUCCCGCAGGACAUCCGGGACCGCUUGACAGAAAUGCGCGAGUUGGACCUUCACGUGCAAAAUGCACUGGACAACAUUGAGACGCGGACUACGGACUAUUUCAAUUUGAUGAAGAAGUCAAAGGUGGAAAAUCCGGACUCCGAGUACCAAGGCAUCUGCUCUGAGUAUGGCAAGGCACUGGAGAAUUCCACGGAGAAAAUCAACAUUGCCACGCAAAUGGAAGAACAGAUGCAGCGACACGUGCGCAAACUGGAGGCUGAGCUUAACAAGUUCAAGUUUGAACUGGAAGCUGACACUCCCGGACUGACGGAGGAACUGGAAAAGAGAUCACUACAAUUGGAUGAAGUUGCACAGCCCAUGGCCAGUAGCAGUGGAACGUCCCGUUCCGCCACGAGUAGCAAAAACAUUCGUCGCAAUGCAGCAGCCAACACAGCUCCGGACCUGUCACUAACGCUGACUCCGAACAUGGUGCGCACCAACUCCGACUCUGCAUUUUUCAGCCAGCAGAUGUCUCGCUCUGGCCUCGCAUCACCAGCGCUCAAUGGCGGUGGCUUACCCAGCCAACCUGUGUUCUCGCCGGAGCAUACCGCUGGAUUUGCUGAUGGCAGCUUUGCCUUUGCCAGCACCCCACGGACUGGCCAGUCUAAGAAUAGACAUCAGAGUGCAGCGGUAGCAGCGUCGACCACCUCACUUGUCCCGCAUGCCAGGAAAACACCGUCGGCCAGCACCGUUGUGCCGUCAGCAACUGCGUCAGUUCCUGUCGGUGUAAUGUUACCGGCUUCGGACAGCAAGAUUGACGUUCUCGGGGCGGCGUUGGCUUCUGGCUCCGCUCAUGUCAAGAAGCACAAGUCGAAAAAGCGACUGAAGUCGCAAACCCUGACGUCAACGCUGGCAAACAUGAAUGUGUCCGCGUCCACGUUACCGCAUCCGUCAAGCAGCUUUGUUUCCGGCGUCGACUCAGCUACACACUCACCUGGCCAAGUACAGCAGCAGCAGAUGGCUGCCGCCGCCGCCACAGCGCAAGCUGACUGGAAUGCUCCCGCUGCGGUCGAUCCGAACAUCGACCCGAGCGAAGCUGAGAAGCUCUACUGCAUCUGUAACCAGAUAUCAUACGGUGACAUGGUGGCAUGUGACAAUCCUACUUGUCCGAUUGAGUGGUUCCACUACCCGUGCGUCAAUCUGUCGUCAGAGCCUGUCGGCAAGUGGUAUUGUCCCAAGUGUGCACCGCUCGUCGCCAAUCCAAAGACGAAGAAGAAGCAUCAUCACCACCGCAGCACAACCUCCUGAGCCAAACAUGAUAGGAAAACAGUUGCCACCAAGUGUUACGCUCCAGUUGAGGUUCCUCCACUCCAGGCUCAGCUCUGCUACAUGACAGCAGAGUGUUGGUACCAGCUGAUGUCAUUUGCCUUUACUCCUCUACAACAGCUCUACAAGAUUGGAGUAGAAUGCUUGUUCCAGUUGGUGUUGUUCAUCUGUGGCUACCUCCGUGUCGUACUACCGGUGUGAAGCAGUCCUAUGAGCCCGCCGUACUCUACGUCUUGCUAAUAUAAACAGUCGCAAGUCUCGCUGGUAUAAACAAUCGCAAGUCUCGCUGGUGUAAACAGUCGCAAGUCUCGCUGGUAUAAACAAUCGCAAGUCUCGCUGAUAUAAACAGUCGCAAGUCUCGCGCUCUACACUGCACCCACUAUGAUCGUCGUGCAGCUGGUACCUGUAUUUGACUUCUUUGCAGUCCUGUGCUGUGGGACAAGCUCUCCUGUCGCCUGCUUGGAUGGCAAAGUUCACUGCAGCGGGCAUAGUUGUCAGUGGCUUAGCUGCAUGACUGUACAGCACCUCCAGUACCAUGGUCACACCCAGUAAUGGCCGCUGUGACACACGCGUACGGGCGCGUGAGCACACACGCACACACACACUCAGCUUGUGGUUGUACACACCAGUGACAGCAUGGUGUUAUUGCGGUCUAAGUUCUCAGCGUCGGUCUCGGAGCGUACAUGUACAGUUUGUGUGGGUUGCUGGGGCUGGCAGCCACGGUGGACGUACGGACAUACCAGUCAAGCCAGUCAAGGAUGUGUUGCAAUGUACUCGCUGUCAACCAAUGGACACAGACGCUCAACAUAUACCUGUACGGCUGUUGUAACCGCACCACAUUUCCACAUUUCCACAUCUCAAACACAGAGCAGGUUACAAAACACACCCAUUUCAUGCUAAAAUGCCUAUAAUCUGCAAUCAUUUCAACCACUCCACAUUGUCACUUGCGUAGCAUUUGCCGUGUCAUCCUCAUCCUCAUCAUCGCACACCUGCUGUCUGUAUCGUAUAUGAUGUGCUUGAAUACUGGCAGAUUCUUUAUUUUAUUACCUAUAUAGGCUACAAGUAUAACCGUCGAGACAAAUUCUUAGAGAGGGAAUCAUCCCCCGGUGCAUCCCCUGGUAAGAACCGCUUUAAUUAAAAAAACAUUAUUUCAGCCCAUUCCCCUCCACGUGACAUGUUGAGACUGCCAGCCACUACUGGCACUAUUGCAUGAUUGUGCUGUCUUUCCUUCUGCCUCUCAUUCUUUGUUUCCAUCUUGUACUAAGUUGUAGGACCUACCUCACAAUGAUUCCUACAUUGACUGUAUGGUAACCAAGACACAGAGUUUCGUUCGAACAAAUCGU